CUUUUUUCCUACCAGCCACGCCCAAAAUUUUCUGCUCUUUCUUUACAACGAAGCAGUGGUAUCAAUAACCGAAUAAAAGAAUUUAUCGAUAUGCAUUUGUGCCAUUCUGGGAUUACUUCUUCCUGGCGUCCUAGCAGUUUUUGCUCUGAGAAUUUGCCAUCUAAAACCCCAAUAAGAGCCCAACCCGAGUGUCAAAAAACAACAUGAUUAUAGCACUUUGCUUGUGAAACUCUCUUUUGUUUCUCACUGGUUAUCCAAUUCAAGGCCUCAUUGAUUUCCCAGAAGACAAUAAAGAGGGCCAGGAAUGUUGUGCAAAUCUUUUGACCUAUAGAACCACAGCCAUCACUGAUUGUGUAUUUGUUGUGUUGGUCUUCUGGGGUUUGAUUUAGAUGACAAGUUAGGUGUCAAUAUGACCCAGAGAAUCCUAGGUACAGAAGAACAACAAGAAGAAGAUUACAGACAAGAAGGCCAUGGAUGAGGUCCCAGGCUCCAUUGGCACCACUUUCGGAUUGUCCCUGAGAUUGUUGGAGACAAUAUUUUCCACUGCGUCUCUUCUCUCCAUGUCUUUUGGUGUUGAGUUCUACAGCUAUACUGCUUUCUGGUACAUCUCAUCUUCUGUUUCUUAUCCAUUCUUUCUCUGAUGUGACUUUGGAGAAUUCAAUUUCAUCUGUACGGUUCUGAAUCAUCUACCUUUCCUUUUCUUCAGCAUAACUCUUUGCUUCAAUUUUAGCAUUCUGGUUAAUAUUUCAGCUACUUAGUAACAACCAUGGGCUUGGUUAUUCCAUGGAGUUUCACUUUGGCACUGGUGGAUGGUUAUUCUGUUGUAAUCAAAUGCCCUGUUCGUCAGCCUGGAAUAUUGGUGAUAAUUGCUGCAGGAGAUUGGGUAUAUAAUAGAAAAAAAAUUCAUCAACUCAUUUCAGACUAGAUGUUAUACAUUGUGAAUAGAUUUAUCAGAUUACAUGAUGUUAAAUGACAGGUUUUAUCAGUUCUCACACUGGCUGCAGCAUCCUCGACAGCUAGUGUUGUGGAUCUCCUCCACUCAGACAAGUCCGCCUGCCCUUCCAAGUUUUGCAGUAGAUAUCAACUUUCUGCAACUAUGGCUUUCUUGACUUGGUUUCUGUCUUUGGCUUCAGCUCUUUUCAAUCUCUGGCUACUUCCCUCUUUAUGAUUCUCAUUUCCUUACGUAUUUAUUAUCUGCAGAUAUUGAUUGUCUAGUUAGAAAAUUAUUCAGAUAGUUUUCUUGUUUCUUGAAGCUAGACCAGCGUAUUGUUUGUAGAUGUAUAAACAAAGAAAACAUUUUGUACAUUGUAAAGAGAGUAUAUCUUAGGCAUUGUGGGUGACUGAUCAUGGUCAUGGAGGGAAGCUCAUGGUGUCAGUUGCCGGAGAGAAAGCAAGGUCAGAUUCUCUGAAUUGAAACCAUUCACAGAUAUCGAAUUUUUCCUUCCCAGAGACAGCCUGUUCAUGACAUAGUAAGGGAUAAGUAUCAAUCUAGCAGUAUAGCUUCACCGGACAGAAUGUUUUGUACCAAAAGGAAACAGAACAGAACAGAUGUAAUUCAUUACACAAUCAAAAGAUUAAAUCUAUGUUCAAUUU